AUGGCUGGCUCACAAUUGUAUCGAUCACUAUUGAAUGAAUUGCGCUUAAGCAGCCUGAGUGGUCGUUUGAACAAGGAAUCGUUGGCUUUUAAGUACAUCACCAAUCAAUUCCAGAAGCACCAAACAACCGACCAAACGCUCUGCAAAGCAAGAGAGGAGAUGAAAUUCCUUGGUGAAACCUAUCUGUGCUAUUUACGCAGUUUGAGAAAGUACGCCGAAAUUCAAACGGUAUACAAGGGGAAGGGCGAACGAAGUAUCGAAGAAACGGCCGACAUGGUUGGAUUUAAAUUACCACAUGAUCCAAAAUAAAAUACUAAUUUAAUCAUGUUUAAUUUGAAAAUAAAGUAGUUGUGCACGAAAA